ACGUGCCGAGGAUUUUCCGUUCGCGUCAGCGGUUGCGCCGCUUAAAGCAUUACUCCGGUACCUGUUGCCGUUCUGCAGAAAACAUCGUUUAUCUAUAUCGGAUAGUGGCUUUUGCGAGCAGAAUACGAGUGCUUCCAAUCGCGCUUUCAGGCGGACGGUUCGCGAUUGUGUUUCCACAGUGUUGACGAAGUGCGUCAGGUAGCGCGCACUUACUUCGAGAUGCAGCUGCCGGGUUUGUUCACCGUGCCGGACUGGGUAGUUUUGGGUGUUACUGCAACUGUACUGCUGUACCUGUACGCUGCGAGACACCGGAACUACUGGAAGAACCAAAAUGUCACACAGGAGCCGUUCGCUCUCAUUUUCGGGCCGUUUCUUAAGCUACUUUACAUGCCGUUUUUUGCACUUGACCAAGAAAGAUAUCAGAAAUAUGGAAAAGUGUUCGGAGCAUACGAAGGUGGAAAGCCAACACUGUUCGUCGCCGAGCCCGAGAUCAUUAAGAAGGUUCUGGUGAAAGAUUUUGCCUCGCUUCCAAAUAGAAGGCGCGUGACCUUCCAGGACUCUUUAUUGGACAACAUGAUGAGCACUGCUCCAGCGGAACGAUGGCGCAAAAUUCGUCCUGCAGUGAGCCCUGCCUUCUCUACGGGAAAGCUGAAGAGGAUGACUGCACUCAUUGAAGACUGCGCAAAAAUCACGAGGGAGCAUUUGCAAAAGGCAGCGGAGAAGAACGAUAAUAUUGACGCAAAGCAGUUUUUCGGGCAUUUUUCCUUAGAUACCAUUGCCAGAUGCGCAUUUGGAACGACCCUGGAUUCCUAUUCCGAUCAGACGAACUUGUUCGUGUCAAAGGCAAGAGAAGCCUUUGGACAAGAUCUGAACCUGAAAAUUAUAUUGUUCUUUAUGUUCCCUGGGCUAUUUAAACUUCUGAAAAUUAAACCAGCCAAUUCGGAUGUGUUCCAGUACUUCAAAUCACUUUCAGUGAAUAUUAUAAAACAGAGGCAGGAAAAGGACAAUCGCAACGAAGAUUUUCUGCAACUAAUGAUGGAUGCUCAAGAAGGGAACCUUGCAGCCCCAAUAGAAAACACAAAAACCCGUGACGACGAACUUUACAACUUGGGUGACGAUGAGAAGACCGUCCAGUUUUCUUCAGACAAAACUGUCACAGAGGAUGAAGCUAUGGCACAGUGCGUGCUGUUCUUCCUCGCUGGCCAAGACACAACUUCGUCUGUUAUUUCAUUUACUCUUUACCUAUUGGCUUUGCACCCAGAAAUACAAGACAAACUGAGGGAGGAGGUGAACGAGUGCUUUGCCAAACACGACAACCGACCACCCUUUGAUGUGAUAUCGAAGCAGAAGUACCUGAAUGCAGUUAUUUCCGAAUCGAUGAGGAUAUUUCCCCCUUCUGUCAGGAUUGAACGAUCGACAACCGAGCCAUACAGAAUUGAUGGUACAAAUAUCGUCGCUCCUGAGGAAUGCGUCGUGGCCAUACCAGUCUAUGCCAUGCACCAUGACGCACAGUAUUUCCCUGAGCCAGAGAAGUUCGAUCCUGAAAGAUUCAGCGACGAGAACCUAUCAUCUAUCCGGCCUUACACGUAUCUACCAUUCGGUGCGGGCCCGAGGAACUGCGUUGGUAUGAGGUUCGCCCUGCACGCUGUCAAACUAUGCCUUAUGAACGCCAUCCACUGCGCCAGAUUUGUCCGAACGCCAAAAACUCAGGUUCCACUGAGCUUCUACAACGGAUCUGGGCUUAUGAACGCCAGAGACAUAACUCUUGGAGUUCGUCCACUCGACUCUCCACCGAACUGAGGUUCUGGUCCUUGAAGCGACAGAUUUGCUUGCGUUCAUUGCAGCUUCAGCAUUCUUGAACCGCAAGGCGCAAUAUGGGAGUCUCUAUACACGACCUCCUACAGGAGCACCCACCUGAACCGCGUGACGGCAUCUGUAUUUCACACUACUCCUAAAGAUCUUGGGGUCUUGUACAUAUAUAAGGGUUACCGUCAGCUGAAUAGUAAAAAAAUAUCAAGCACGUA